AAACCCAGCUCAAAUCUUAUUCUGCAAUAUUGGCAUGAUGGCUUUCUCUCUUCUUUGGGUCUGCAUACUAAUUAUUUUCUUUUCUGUUUCUAUAGCAGAAAAACCCAACAUUUCAGCUCUAUAUCCUCCUAGGUGGAAAGAGAGUCCUGAUCAUUUUAAUAAAUAUAAGUUACAGAAUGGAAAAUAUGUUAUUUAUCCAUGGUUAUACAUUGAGAGAUUGGGGAUGUAUAGAAUUCUAUUAAUUAGGACAGCCAAAUAUUUUGAACGAUUUGGAGAAGAUAAUGAACAAAAUCCUUUAUGGGGAUUGCCUCUGCAAUUUGGCUGGCAAUAUAAUACAGGCAGAUUAGCUGAUCCCACAAGAAGGACAGAAUGUGGCUAUGAAUCUGAUCCCUUAUGUGUCUCCGAGGACAGUUGGUGGGCUGAUCUAAAUUAUUUUCUAUGCAUACCUCCUGUGCUUGCUGCAGUUGAUGUUGGUAUAAUGGGGAUAUCAUCUGACCAAGUGGAAAUUUUGCUUCCACCUACAAAUGGGACAAAGUUUUGUCAUAGUGUUUCCAGCUGUUUUUCAUCCCACCCUGAGCUAAUGAGAAAAUGGAAAACCUUUUUCCAGCUCAUACAAUCGCCUUUUAUUAGCUUUGAUGACCUGUUGAUGUAUUUAUGGACUGCUCAUGCCUCAAGUAUAGAAAAUGUUUACAAAACUUUUGAAGAUAGGUUUGCAUAUUAUUCUAACUCUGAGGUAGAUUUUCAAAAAUCUUGGUUUAAUGCUGUGAAGUAUUUGGCGAUUAUUCGCUUCCAUACAACUAUGACUAGAGUACAUGGAUUCCAGGAAUCACUGCCCCCACGAAUCCUUACUAAUGAAGAUAAAGCUCCCUUUAUCAAAGAUUUCAGUGGCUCUCAGAACAUACUUAUUUAUGUUCUAACUUCGCUUGAAAAAGUGGACAGUACUUCAGACCUUACCUCACCAUCUAACGAUAAGACAAAAUCAGAGGACUUGUCAUCUUAUGAUCUGCACAAUAGCCAAGUUCGCUAUCUACAGAUGACUGACGAUGACAACGAUGAAAGGGCAGAACAUAUCCUGGUCCAAUAA